ACUGUCCGGUAAUCGGAGCACUUCGCGGUGCUCGGAGCUCGCGGCGGUCAGUGAGCAAAAUGGCGUCGUUGUGGACGGUGAUGUCGUUCGCGUUCUCGUUGCUGCUAACACCUUUCCUCAUGUUCCUCCUGGCGAUCGUGUUCCUCGCGUCCAUCGGCAAGUCCCUCGGCGUUCGUAGGCUGUACAUUAAGCUGCUGCUGGCCCUCUUCGAGUACGGCCGACAAAACAUAGAAAGCGUAAGGAAGAAGAACGGUACUCGGGAUCCAGAUGAAGCUCUUAACGCAGGAGAGGAAUGUGAAUCACCAACGAUCACGGAAAAAGAUUCAGCAGUAACAUCGCCUAAGCUGCAAAAUGGAAAUGUGAGCAAUUCGGUGAUAGCCAGGUCGAAGGACUUUAUCUUGGUCCCAGAGCCAGAAAUGCAUAAUCACAAGAACCUUGUCGACGGAUCGAGCCUCGAAGAUAAUCACGAGUCGUCAAUGAUUGACGACAAAGAGGAUAGCCUUAAUGAGAAGAAUUCGUUUGAAACGCUAAGAGCCGGAUUUGCGCACGGCUGUUUGGAUUACAUCAGAGCUGGCGUUGAGGCUAUUAUAGAAGACGACGUGACUUCACGCUUUGAAGCUGAAGAACUUAAGAAUUGGAAUCUAUUGACUCGAACGAAUAGAUACUACGAGUUUAUCUCCUGGAAGUUAACUUUCAUAUGGAUGUUCGGAUUCGUCUUGCGUUACUGUUUCCUGCUACCCCUAAGGAUAUUUAUCUGCUUCAUAGGGGUGAUGUGGCUGACUGUGUGUACUGCAGUAGUGGGCUACGUCCCCGAGGGUAGCUUCAAGCGGUGGCUCAACUACAAAGUCUCCAUAAUGUGCUUUGCUGUCUUAUCCAGUGCUCUGUCUUCAGUCAUCACCUACAACAAUCCAGAGAAUCGACCUGUCAGAGGCAUAUGUGUAGCUAAUCACACAUCUCCUAUUGACGUGCUCGUACUCAUGUGUGAUAAUUGUUAUUCAUUGAUAGGUCAGAGGCAUGGUGGUUUCUUAGGAAUAUUACAGAGAGCUCUUGCUCGUGCCUCUCCACAUAUAUGGUUUGAACGCUCUGAGAUCAAAGACAGAGUAGCAGUUGCGCAAAGAUUAAAGAAACACGUAUCGGAUCCCACAAAUCCACCGAUACUCAUAUUUCCAGAGGGUACGUGUAUCAACAAUACGUCAGUUAUGCAAUUCAAGAAAGGCAGCUUUGAAGUGGGCGGCGUUAUCUAUCCUGUGGCUAUAAAAUAUGAUCCAAGAUUUGGAGACGCAUUUUGGAACAGCAGUCGAUAUUCGAUGUUACACUAUUUAUAUAUGAUGAUGUCCAGCUGGGCUAUAGUCUGCGAUGUGUGGUAUCUUCCUCCAAUGUACAGGAAGGAAGGAGAAAGUUCCAUCGAUUUUGCGAAUCGAGUGAAAUCUGUGAUAGCGCGGCAAGGUGGUCUCGUUGAUCUGCAAUGGGACGGUCAACUAAAGAGGAUGAAGCCGAAGAAGGAAUGGAGGGAAAAGCAGCAAGAAGAAUUCAGUAAACGACUGAAAGUCGAAUAAAUAGUAUCAUUUCUAGUCAUAACUUCACAAUACGCAUCUUGCGCGAUGAUUUGUUUGUUUAAACAAAAUCAUUUUAUCGGCUCCUCCGUCACAUAUUAUUUCCGCAUAUGUAUAUCAUAAAGAGGAAAUCUAUGUGUCCCAUUAGUCUGCAUUAAUAAAUUUUAGAUGUAGGUAUUUUCCGCAAAUAUUGACAGUUUGCACUUUUUUGACAAAUUUCUAAAUACGAGUAAUUGGCACUCUGACAUUACACGAGGAGUAUAAUAUCGUACAUUUGUAAUUAUACAAAUUUAACUUUUCAAUAUAAUUUUUAAACUGAUGUGCCGUAUGGCUCAUGCCUGAAGAAUUAUCAUUUAAAGUGCAAAUGUAAUAUUUGCUAGUUUUUAGUAGUGAAGUUCGAUAAUUGCAAAGGCAUUACGAAUUUAUUAUUUAUAUGUGGAAUGUGUAGUUAUGUUAUAAAACGUGUGAAAUACUUUUUUGCAUGUGAGUGUAUGUAGCAUCGAGAAACCUUGAUUAUUGAUACAUACUAUGAAAAUUAUUAGACAAUUGAACAGUCGAACAAAUUAGACGAGGUACAUAAAUUUUCUCUUAUCUCUAAGAAUAGUAAGAGAAAAUUGUCCUAGUUUUAACUGUAAUUAAAAGAGAAAACAAAUAUUUAUUCAUUUUCUGAAGAAGACUUAGCGGAAUGACAACGUGGCACUCCGGAUUAUCUAUCCUUUAGGAAUACUGUGUACAUGAUUGCUGCAUUAUGUUAUUUUUCUAUUAAAACUGGAUAGCAUCUCGAUAUAUAUAUUUUCUACUUUUAUAUUUUACAUAUAUAGAAUGUGAACAUUUUUAGCGCUCUAUAUUGCAAUGCAUGUCAAUGUAAUAUACGGUUAUGAAUUUAACAUAUAAAUAAUACACGCGUGUGCAUAUUAAUGUAAUCUGAUAUUAACCUAAUUCAAAAGGGUGCGUUAAGAACGAAAGGGAAAUAUGUACAAGUAUGAAAAGAUGUAUUUUCUCACACUUCCAACCAAAGGUAAAUAGCAAGUUUAACAUAAGUGCUAUUUUACUAUUGAUGGCAUUAUUGUAAUAACUAUUAGUAAGUAAUAAUAGAUGUUGUAUUCAUUUAAAUGAAGAUGACACCUAUUAUAAGUUCAUACUACUUGUUAUAUAUUUUAUAAUUAUAAUUUGGCCUAAUUCUUAUUAUAAAUAAAAAAUUACAUUAAAUUUAUAGUUGAUAAAUUUUUUAUGAAAGAAAAGUUUAACAUUUAGCGAUGAAGGAAUUAUUAUUACUUACUUUCAACUCGUAUUUUCGGAGAAUUCUGGAAAAUGAAAUAGAAAUGAUUAAUGUUAACUAAAUGCAAUAAACAAUGUUAAUUAGAUGAUACAAUUAUUGCGUGGGGAAGAUAAAUUGUAAGUCGAUUUAUUUUCCGAAAUCAUCUUUAUCGUAACGUCAUAAUGUGCUCAUUAUAAAAUAUGCAUGAAUCCAUUUCAUAAAAUUAAAUUUCUAAAUGUCAUCACAUACAAUUUGUAAUGUCACUGUAAAAUUUCUUUUUUAAGAAACGGUAUAAAAUAUAUUUUUAUAGCAAAUAAUUAGUCAAUAAUAUAUGAUAUGUAACUAUAUUGCUUAUAUUAAAACGUAAGAAGUCCUGGGGUUAUGUAAAAUUAUUUCGUCUUUUAUAAAUACAAUUAAGUUGUUACAUAGCAUGUAUAUAUGUAUUUGUUAUCGUUCAGCUCAUAUGGGAAAAAUGUAUUAUAUAGUGUGUAUGGAUGUAAUAUUUUGAAUGGCACUUGUUUAUAAUUAAUGUCUGUCGAUGUAAAUGUAGUUAAAUAAAUUAAAGUAUAUUAAA